GGAAAGCGGCGGCGAACGGCGGCCGCCGCCGGAGGAAGGCGGCGGAGGAGGGCUGGGGCUGGCUGAGCGGCUAUGGGGGAGGCAGGCCGACCGUGAGGAGCAGAGCACCCUCUCUCCUCCCCAUCUGGAUGGAUUCCUUGUAAGGGAAGCUCACUCAAGUCCCCAAGGACCAGGCCUCACUGAUGACUGGGAAGCAAAGAGUACCCAGGAAAGCACUUUUAUCACGGACUCCACCUCAGGAGCACCAGGAACUCGUCUCUAAGUAAAAUCUGUGCUGCCGUCCGUGCAGACCCCAAUGUCUGCUGCAAUGGAUACAGAAUCAACGUAUUCGGGAUACUCCCACUACUCAGGUCACUCCAAAAAAGCCCACAGACAAGGGAGUCGUGACAGGCACAAAUCGCCACGAAGCAAAGACGGCAGUCGAUCCGAGAAGUCCGUCACUAUCCAGGCACCUCCUGCAGAGCCGCUGCUGGGGAAUGAUGCCUCUCGGACAGAGGAGGGCCAGGAUGACAACUGGGGUGAGACCACAACAGCAAUCACAGGCACCUCUGAGCACAGCAUUUCCCAGGAGGACAUAGCCAGGAUCAGUAAGGAUCUGGAGGACAGCGUUGGGUUGGACUGCAAACGUUACCUGGGUUUAACAGUGGCAGCUGUUCUCGGACUCCUCGUCUUCCUUACCCCCAUCGCCUUCAUUCUGUUACCCCAGGUCCUGUGGCGGGAUGAUCUGGAGCCGUGUGGUACUGUCUGUGAGGGACUGUUCAUCUCUGUGGCGUUUAAACUCCUCAUUCUUCUGAUUGGGACCUGGGCUCUGUUCUUCCGCCAGCCCAAGGCAGACCUACCGAGGGUGUUUGUGUUUCGGGCCCUCUUGUUGGUCCUCAUCUUCCUGUUUGUGUUUUCCUACUGGCUUUUUUAUGGCGUUCGCAUCUUGGACUCAAAGGACACCAACUACCAAGGAAUAGUGCAGUAUGCGGUGUCCCUGGUGGAUGCUCUGCUCUUCAUUCACUACUUGGCCAUUGUGCUGCUGGAGCUACGGCAGCUGCAGCCCAUGUUCACUGUCAAGGUAGUUCGGUCAACAGAUGGAGAGUCACGAUACUACAGCUUGGGGCAUUUGAGCAUCCAGCGAGCUGCACUGGUGGUUCUGGAAAAUUACUACAGAGAUUUCCCUGUCUACAACCCAGCGUUGUUAACAGCCUCCAAAUCCCGUGCAGCCAAGCACAUGGCUGGCCUGAAAGUCUACAAUGUUGAUGGCCCAGGUAACAACGCCUCGGGGCAGUCCCGCGCCAUGAUCGCAGCCGCUGCCCGUCGCAGAGACUCCAGCCACAACGAGCUCUACUACGAAGAGGCCGACCACGAGCGCCGAGUUAAAAAACGUCGGGCGAGGCUUGUGGUUGCAGUAGAGGAGGCUUUCACUCAUAUCAAACGCCUCCAGGCAGAAGAACAGCAGAAGGCUCCGGGAGAGAUGAUGGACCCCCGAGAAGCAGCCCAGGCAAUCUUCCCCUCCAUGGCAAGAGCUCUGCAGAAGUACCUUCGCACCACCCGCCAGCAGCAGUACCACAGCAUGGAGAGCAUCUUGCAACACUUGUCCUUCUGCAUCACCAAUAACAUGACACCAAAGGCAUUCCUGGAGCGUUACCUCAGCCCUGGCCCAACCCUCCAGUACGACAGGGAUCGCUGGUUCUCCAAGCAGUGGACGCUCGUUAGCGAGGAAGCGGUCACAAGCGGGUUGCAAGACGGGAUUGUUUUUGUCCUCAAGUGCUUGGACUUCAGCCUUGUUGCUAAUGUGAAGAAAAUCCCCUUCAUCAAACUCUCAGAAGAGUUCAUAGACCCUAAGUCUCAUAAAUUUGUCCUUCGCUUACAGUCCGAGACUUCAGUCUAAGGGAUUUCGAGGGGUUUGCACGUUUGCACCGGGGCAAAGUAGGUAAGUAGCCAGCUCCUUCUCAGAUACAUCACAGACCCCCCCUACGCCUGGCAGCCCCUUGGAGGGGAAAGGGAGCGUGCACAGGAAUGUGUCCCUUGCUCUCCAGGGGCUUCAAGUGCGUCUGGAGGACAGACAGGCAAAAGCACUUCCCUCCUCGAGGAGGGGGGCCAGGGAAGGGCUGGCCUCUGCCGACUCCCCUUGCUCUGAAGAACUGCUGUGAUCUACAAACACUGCAACAUGUCCUUCUUUCCCCACCUUCAGCUGUAGCUGAAAAAUACCAAACUCUGUCUGAAUGUUGAAAACCUGCCUACCUUUCUUGGCCUUUCUCUGCCGUGGGGGUCCCUCCUUAGUAGCGGGACAGCCUGCUGUUUCUCUGCUUUUGUGAGACUUGUAGCUCCUAAAAUUGCAGUUUGGUUUCGAAAGCCUUCUUUGCCCAUCAGUGCAGCUUUUCUGUGUGACUUUUGUCAUCUGAGUUUUAUGGGGUUUUGAAAGUUUUCCUCUUAAAGAUGAGCUUAAGCCAGCGUCUGGUUGCUGGCAUAAAGCAUUGCCCUUCAGCCAGGUCCCUCCUAGAGCCUCCCAGCCCUGUGGUGAUGGAUUCACCUGUGUGAGUGGAAACGCUCAGUUCACCCUGCCCAGCCUUUUGCCAUGCAAAUAUCUGUAUCUAGCAGGAGCUGACCUGCCUUCCAUGUAGAUGUCUUAAUGCAAAGGGCCCCGUGUCGGUGAGGUACAAAACCAGUGCCUUUCACUGCGAGGGUCCAUCACUUUCAAAAGUGGGGGGGUGUAUAGUAUCUCACAUAUAGCUCUCCUAAAGAUGUACAUAUCUGGCUUUUAAGAUGUGCAUAACCAGGCAGGGUGGGAGAGACUGGGAGUAGCUUGGGAAACUGUGGAGCACUUCUACUUGUGUUCAGGCUACUGCCUGUGGCUGAAUUGGCUCAUCUGCGCGCAGCCAGAACAAGAACCACCGUGCUGGGGGCUUGGGCGUGCCGUGAAAAUGGGAGCACCUCGAUUCAGGCAAUUCUUUGUAAAACUUUCCUUUCCUAGGAUUUCCUCCACCACCCCUUCUCCCUCCCCCGCAAGGGGGUUGUCUGACGGUAUCUGCUCAGGAAACUCAUGUCUUAAUCCUUAAUUGCAUUGAAUCCUUAAGCGCACGGAGAACCAGACGGAAGCGGUGUGUGCUCGCUCUGCACGCCGUGGUUCGGUGCUGCCUUCUCUGUCUAUCACUGCAAAGGACGCUGUCAGCAGGGGCCAGCUCCUGCAUUAAACGCUCUUCCUGGUGUCGGUGUGAAUGUUUUGGCUGAUUAAAAUCAGAAGGAGGGAACUUCACCUCUCAAACGGUCUGCUUGCUCUAGAAUUGCAGCCUGUUAGGGGGUGAGGACGUGCUACAAGGAAUCUGGACUCCUGGGUAUUCCUAAAUUUUUUAAAUAUUUUAUUUCUCUGGAUUUCUGUCUGGGGGCUUAUUUCCCUUCCCCAUGCAAAAUCGAGGGACCAUGAUCAUACCUACCUCACUGGGAUGUUGUGAGGCUAAACUCAACUCGUCGUGAAGUGCUUCGAGAUCCACAGAUGGAUCUGUGAAGUCUGCAGGAACUCAGGCUCUUUAUAAAAAUACUGAGCAGUGAGAGCAGACUGGUUUGUUUAACUCUGUUUAUAGCCAGCUAAUGAGUAAGAAUCGAGUCACAGGGAACGAAGCUCUGAUCCAAAUCCUGCAGUCCUUACUUCUGUAGAGCUUGCCAAGAGCUGAGCGUAAAUAAGGCCUGUGGGGUUUGCCAGCCAAAUGCAGGCUGUUUCCCUCUGAACGCCUCUCCUAUCCUGCACCAUCUCCUUGCACGUCGUGCUCCCUCCUCUGUCCCAGCCUGUACACUUGUAUCUGACUGGGAAUUGAUUUUUAGAAAUCAGGUCGUUUGUGAGACCCUGUUUGUGGUGAAGUUGAUGUAAAAGAACCUUAAGCUGGACAUCUUUCACUGACAGCCAGACCAUUCAAUAAGGUGCCGUGUUGCCUAGCCAGGAGAGGUGUUGCCCCGCUUCUCUCUUCUGUGUUGUUUUUCCUGUGACUCUUGAGAAUGCUGCUCAGACAGUUUAAAGACUCAGAUUUGUUACAGCCUAAAUCCAAAACCGUGCUGAGAUCUUCCAAAAAUCAGAUGCAACUAAGACUUUCCGCUGCCUCAGAGCAGAUGGAAAUGGCUGUGGGUUUCCACAAAGGCUGACUCUCUCUUUCAUGGAUAAAGAGUGAAAAACUAGGAUUUCUUGCAGCUUCUGGGAUUGUGGGGAUGGAUGUUAGGCCCUUAAUACCCUGUCCAUCCUGUAACUAGAGGUGGGUGAAGGUUGUAGGCACAUCUGUUUGCUCCUCGUUGCCUCGUGCCUGCAGCUAUCCUUGUGUAGGGUCUUUGGGGCUGCCCCAGGUCUCCAACUCCAUUCCUGUUUGAGAGGGGCCUUGGAGAGAGAGGCAGAUGCAAUUUCAGCCUCUGGCGUUCUGCUGCCUCUGAAGUCUUUCUGCCGGCAGCUUUGGUCGCUCCGCCCUGCCAGCAGCCCUGCCAGCAGCCUUCUUCUGAGCUACCUGUUGAGGAAGAACAAAUGCCAGGUGGGGUGGGAAGUGCUGGGCUAUGGUUUGGAGCCUGGGGACAUCUCAUCAGUAGACACAAGUUUGGGGGAGUUCCGAACAAAUCCCAACCCUCAAGGAGCCUUUCCCCUUUUCCUUUGGGACGCUCCACACAGAGCCUAGGGAAUCGACUGUUCCCAAGCGUGCCAAAAGCUGGGGAGAAGCAGUUUCUAAAACUGGCCGUGCGUUAAGUACCUUGUAAAAGCCUUGCUUGAGAUGUGCUUGUUCCAACAUUCGUUACUGAGGGAAGUGGAAAGAUCUAUACUAUGCUAAAUGUGGAAACCUACUCAGGCCAAUUUCAUCUUGCUUACAAAAACUUGUAAAUCUACCCUUUUUUAAUGGUAAAUCAAAAAUCUUGCAGUCUUUUGGAAAAAUGCUGUAGUCUGGUCCCAGGCUGUUCAGUUGUGCUUAGCUCUGCCGUGCCAUGUGAGAGGUUCAUGAGACAUUUGUACAGAUGUCUGUUUUCUCAUUCAGCUUGUGUGUCUAUGUGGCUUUUUCCUGUAUAGGUGUAUGCAUUAUACAUGUCUAAAGCCUCAAGCUAGGCUUGGUGGUUCAGUGUUUAAAUUGUGUGAAGAAGGAAGCACUCUUGGGAUCAAACUUUUUUUUUUUUUUUAAAAAAAAUAGGAUAAAAAAAAUCCUGUUCUCCUAAAAGAAAGGGCUUUGAGCCUUGAAGUCUCCUACAGGAAUAUGCAUCCUUCUGCGUUCGGGCUGCUGCCUCAGAUAGAUGGUGACCAAAAGUUGCUGCUUCUGACUACCCUGGGGCUGGCGUGGAUCUUGGUGGGUUUCUCCUGCACCAGGUCCCUCCAGCACCAGUGCUUUUAGCUGCCUGUCUGCUUCCCUCCGAGAGGCUGUGGGUUCGUCCUCGUACUGCAAUGCAGCCCCGCUGUGGGUGUGCUCUGCGAGAGGGGCAAUCCUUCCCCACGGCUGCUUCCGUGGGCACCUUGCACCAGCGCCGAAGGGGCUUGGGAGCAUCCCCUGCCUGCACACGGGGAUGCUGGGGCUCAGCGCCUGCACGGACCCACCUGUGAAGGGAUCUUACACUCUUCUGUGCCUGUUUCUUUGAUUCAGCAUUAUCGUGUCUUGGGGAAGAGGGGAGUGAACCGACUCUCUUCCCGCGCCGUUUUUGGAUCACUGUGUAAUACUCUUUUUCUACACAAACUGUGUAUAGUAAGAUGGGUUUUGCCAAGGUUUUCUAAUAAUAGACACUAACCAGCAUUUUUUUUUCUUUUUUUCCUCCUCUUUGCACAUGUGACUUUAACUGCAUUGGUACAUGGUCUUUCUGUUCUUUUCUAAUUGUGAACUUAAGCAAAUUCCUGGUGUCUGUGACAUUAAUGCACUGUGGGUCUAGCCUAGUAAGUCGUUCUGUUCCAAGCUGGGUUCUCUUAAGUUAUAGCUGGAUGGGUUUUUGUUGUUUUUAAACUGAAACAUAAAACUGUUUUACACUUUGCAUAUUUUGUACAGUAAAAUUCUGGAAAUAAACUGAAACCAGAUUUGAU